AUGUCUCCAAUCCAGCACCCUCCCUUGUCACCAGGCACCCGCCCAGCCCUUCCUUCAGACAUCCCGCGCCUUGGGCUCCUCUACGUCGCCUCCUUCCACUACUCCCCAAACGCCAAAUGGGCUCGUCCGUACUACCCCCAGUACCCGGAGGAUAUGCUAGCACAGUACACCGCGUGGUCAAUUCAAUAUCUUGAAGACCCGCAAUUCAUCGUUCUGGUCGCCAUAGAUGCUUUUGACCCUUCUGAGCGCUCGAAAACAGACGCGCAUUUCCCCGAGGGUGUGACUACGGGUCUGGGGGAGGAUGUCAAAGAAGGCGAUCAAGUUCCUGUGGCGACGUUGGGGCAUCGCGAUGCAAUGAUAAAUGUUGAAAACGCGGCGCGUGUGCGAUGCGGGUUUGAAAAGCUGGUGGAGUUGGAUAUGCUGGUCACUCAUCCGGCGUAUUGGGGACGGAGGCAUGGGACUAAAUUGGUGAAGUGGAGUUUGGAGUAUAGCCGGCUGAACAAGGUGGGUCAAGGUGUUGUGGGACCGCCGAUGGGCAUGAGAGUUUACCUGAAGGAGGGCUUUGUAGAGAAAGAGAAAAUGACUUGGGAAGGUGACGAGAUCAGUCCGGAGGGUUUGGCGAAGCAGAUUGCGAUCUAUGAUGUGGAAUGA